UUUACUUUCUGUGAAAUAAAGUUAAAGCAACGAGGCUGACUAGCUUGAUAGCUCCCCUUCCUCUGAGAAAUUGCGAAAUCAACCAACAGAGGCGGCGAAUAGAAAUGAGCAGGAGCAACGUAAAUUUAGUGUUCUACGCUGAUUCAUAUCAUCCGAUUCAAGUAGGAAGCAUCGACGGCACCGAUAUUGUCCCCCACGACAACGGCGUUUACCGUGCUUUGCUCUGCUCCUCUGCUGGCCUCUAUGAUCCCUUCGGCGACCCCAAGGUUAUUGGCGACCCUUAUUGCACAGUUUUCGUAGGUCGCCUCUCUCAUUCAACCACCGAACACACUCUUCGCAAGGCUAUGAGCAAGUACGGUCGAGUGAAGAACUUGCGCUUGGUCAGGGACAUUGUAACUGGUGCCUCUCGUGGCUAUGCUUUUGUUGAAUAUGAAACUGAAAGAGAGAUGCGUCGUGCAUACAAGGAUGCUCAUCAUACCUUCAUUGAUGACUCUGAAAUAAUAGUUGAUUAUAACAGGCAGCAGUUGAUGCCUGGCUGGAUCCCAAGAAGGUUAGGAGGUGGCCUUGGUGGUAGGAAGGAGUCUGGACAGCUUCGGUUUGGUGGGCGAGAACGACCAUUUAGAGCUCCUCUGCAAUCAAUUCCUUUUGAUGAUUUGAAGAGGCUUGGCAUUCCUCCUCCACCAGAAGGAAGUUACAUGUCCCGUUUUCAGGUCCCAUCUCCCCCUAGAAGAAAUCGGAGCUCCAUAGACAGGGAAGAAAGCUCUCACGUUAGGAGUUCUAUUGACAAAGAAGAACGCAGUCACAGAAGUAGCUCUCUGGAGAGGGAAGAACGCUACAACACAAGGAGCUCUAGGGACAAGGAAGAACGCUAUGGCAAAAGUCACUCCGAGGAGAGGGAAGAACGUUACCGUAAAGGGAGCCCUGUGGAUAGGGAGGAUCAUCAUUAUGAAAGGAGCUCUCUGGACAGGGAAAAAUACAAUCAGAAAAGAAGCCCUGCUUACAGGGAAGAAACUCUUCACAAAACAGAUGCGGAAGAGUACUCCCACAGAAGUUCUAGGGAUCGGGAAGAAGGCUCUUACAAGCGCCACAGGCAUAAUAGUGGGUCUGACAGACACAAAAAGAGGCGAUCCACUGCUCGGGAUCACUCUGAUUGCUAAUUUUUCACAGGUUGACUGAAUAUGUACAUUGCACUCUUCUUCUUCUUCCUUUUUGGGAAUCUGAGGGGUUUACUGUCCACUAGUUGAGCUGUAUUGAAAUAUUUAAGUUGGUUAUGUAAUCUUUUUGUGAGAUUCUUAUAACCUGUUUAACUGGCAAUGCCGCAACAGGGUGGCAGUUAGCUUGAUCAA